AGCCGCCAAUUCUAAAAAGGGGUCUCUCACCCCCUCCCUGCGCUGGUACCUCACCACACCACUGGACCUGGCAUCCCAGAUCCCAUCGGACGAGGCCUCUGACAGCACUGGGGCUCACUCACCUGCUUUCUCCCCUGCAACAUCACCAGCCCAUGAAGACAGAGACUGGGGAAGACUGCUGCAAGCUCUGCCCACAUGUGCUGACUUGGCGGCUGCCAGCAACACACUGCAGGCCUCCAUCCGGCUGGACAUACAGGGCCUUGGAGACCGCUUGGGAGCUCCCAUCAGCACAUAA